GUUCCGAUAGUCAAAGUUUCUGCCCACCAUUUCAGGGAUGUCUCGAUCUGAUAACUGACCAACCAAGACGGCCAACAUCAGACGACGGAUGACAGUCGGACACCACCACCCAUUCAACGUCAACUUUGUCGCCUGGCUAGAGUUGUCAGCCAGGAAGAAUGUUUGGGAACACCCGCUCAAGCGGCCGCUUAUGGCACCAGCCUAGAACGACCGGUGACGAACACAUUUGUCUGACUUGUCAGAACUCUGUCAGGGCGCGACGUUCACAUGCUCUCCGUCUCAUUUCGACACCAUCUCGGUCUUUGCGGCAAGCGUGUCUUCCGAGACCGAGCAGCCCAGCCUCCCGUUAUCUUCGAGAAAGGCCCCCACGCCCGGUUCUGCUCGGCAUAAACCAACAUCCCCGCCGCCCCCGUGACCUCCGAUCUUUCCGAUCCGACCCUCCUGUUGUCGUCACUCCGGAGGUGAACGGAAGCCUGGAAACAGAUGACAUAGCAGUCAGCACCAAGUACCUCGGUCACGAGGCCUUUCACUGCACUUUCAGGCUUGCUUGCAAGCUGGCGCAAACAUGGAAACAAGCACUACUUACCUUUGUUGCAGGCAUCCAGCUCCUCACAUCUGACAAUGGACUUGUUGCUCCAACAGGUUCCAUUGUGCCGCAGGCAGCCUCGCGUAGAAGACGAGCGUCAGGAGCUGAAGGAAGCUAUCCUGGGCAGGACGGGCUGACGGGCCUGAAAAGCACGACGGACAAAAACGAGGCGUCCUUUGAUCAAGUUUCCUGGGCGGAGGCGCGCGUCAGAGCCCGAUUGCUAUAUCGGGCCUCAAACACACUGUCGUCGUCACGGCUCCUCAAUCCCCCUGGACCUAAUACGACGCCAUCGACGAACUAGCACGUAAGACGAUUGCGCCUGGGACCAGCCCAAAAGGCUAGAAGCACCUCUGAAGAUGGUAGCCGUGACUAAGAGCAGAAACCGAGCCACGAACAACUUGUCCCACGAGGCACACUAAUUAGCACACACCGACACCCAGGUGCCCCAGCGUCCCGACUACUCCAUCCCCGAUACUGUACACCACACCACAACUCUGGACAUGAACCAUGAUCCAGAACGCAAAACACACCGCAACAUUGAUUCUCGUCGAGGAAUCUCACCUCAUCUCACCUCAUCCCUUCACCGACACUCAUGUUAUUCGGAACCAUUAACUCACUAGGCGAGAAUCACCGUCAUCGACC